CACGGCAUGUGGCAUUCGUGGAGGGAUCUGGCUGCUCUGAAGCUCCUCAAGCCAGACAUCAUUCUCUUUGUCGGCGACUUUGGAGAGGAGCAGGUGCAGCUGGUGCAGCAGGUUUCGGCAGUGAAGGCCAUGAUGGCUGCUGUGGGCGCGCACGUGGAGGUGGCAGUCAUUCUCGGCAACCAUGACGCCUGGUUCCACAUGUUCAGGAAGGAGAGUGCGCCACUGGUGGACGCAGUGGAUAAGCUCACUCAGCAGCUUGAAGCGCUCGGCAGUCUGCACGUGGGGUACGGGCGGGUGGACCUCCCCCAGUGGCACCUCUCCAUCGUGGGAGCUCGCCCCUUCUCCUAUGGCCCCUCCAGCUGGGCUAAGAGCUUCUACCGCGCCAGGUGUGGAGUGCGCACCAUGAACGCCAGCACGGCAAAGAUCACAGAGACCAUCCGAGCAGCACCGGAGUCACACAGCGUUGUAGUGCUCGCACACAACGGGCCCGCAGGCGUGGGGUGCAGCGCAUGGGACAUAUGUGGCAAGGACUUCCCCUCCAAAGGGCUCCCACCAGGGGGAGACUUUGGGGACGAAG